AAUCUAUCUGCGUCUCUUUAUGUCUUUUUCUCUCUCUGUGAAUUCUCUCUCUGGAAAAUGGCAGAGGCCAGUAUUUCAUUAGAUCAGGAUCAGUUCAUUUGUCCAGUGUGUCUGGAUCUCCUGAAAGAUCCGGUGGCUAUCCCGUGUGGUCACAGUUUCUGUAAGGUGUGUAUUAACGGCUGCUUUGAUCAGGAGGAUCAGAAGGGUGUCUACAGCUGUCCUCAGUGCAGAGACACGUUCACUCCAAGGCCUGUUUUACGCAGAAACAACAUGCUGGCUGAAGUGGUGGAGAAACUGAAGAAGACUGAAGUCCAAGCUCCUUCUCCUGCUUAUCAUUACGCUGGACUUGGAGAUGUGGAGUGUGAUUUCUGCACCGAGAAAAAACACAAUGCCAUCAUGUCCUGUCUGGUGUGUGUGGCGUCUUACUGUGAAACUCAUCUGAGACCUCAUUAUGUGUCUCCUGCUUUUAAAAACCACACAUUAAUUGAAGCCUCAACAAAACUACAAGAGAAGAUCUGCACUGAACAUAACAAGCUGAUUGAGAUCUACUGCAGAACUGAUCAAACCUGCAUCUGUUAUUUGUGUACGAUGGACAAACAUAAAGGACACGACACCGUCACAGUCUCAGGAGAACGAGCUGAGAAACAGACUGAGUUAAAGAAGGAGCAGAAGAAAUCCCAGCAGAGAAUCCAGGAGAAGCAGAAGAAGGUGCAGGAGCUGAAACAGGCUGUGAACAUUAUAAAGCUCAGUGCACAGACAGCAGUAGAUGACAGUGAGAAGAUCUUUACUGAGAUGAUCAGCUCCAUGGAGAAAAAGCGCUCGGAGGUGACGGAGCUGAUCAGAGAUCAGGAGAAGGCUGAACUGAGUCGACCUGAACGACUCCUGGAGCAACUGGAGCAGGAGAUUUCUGAUCUUCAGAGGAGAAUCACUGAGCUGGAGCAGCUUUCACACACACACGAUCACAUCCAUUUUCUCCAGAGUUUCCAGUCUCUCUGUGUUUCUGCUGGACGUCGGUCUCCUUCAUUUAAAAGACCAAAUUUUCACACCUCCAGCAGCAUUGUCUUUCAACAUCGCUUAUCAGAUGGAGUGAGGAAUUCUCUCUCAGAUCUAAAGAAGGGACUCGAGGAAAUCUGUGAGAAGAAAUUCAACAAAAUCUCUCCACAGGUUCAAUGUUCUCUUUCAGAGCCACAGAGCAGAGACGAGUUUCUUAAAUAUUUCUCUUAUCUGACUCUGGAUCCCAACACAGUACAUUAUAACCUCAUUCUCUCUAAGAACAACAGAGCAGUGAGAGACAGUCAGGGAUUACAGCACUACUCUGAUCAUCCAGAGCGAUUCAACUACUGGCCUCAGGUGUUGAGUAAAGAGAGUGUGUGUGGACGCUGUUACUGGGAGGUGGAGUUGAGCAGUGAUAGGGGUGUGUCUAUAGCUGUCUCAUAUAAAGACAUCAGCAGGAAAGGACUGGGUAGUGAGUGUCUGUUUGGAGGCAACAAUCACUCCUGGAGUCUGCAGUGUUCUUCUUCUCAUUCUCUCAUUUACUAUCACAACAACAUUAUUACUGAUCUCGGAUUUCCAUCCCCAUCCAUAAUAGGAGUGUAUGUGGACCACAGCGCAGGAACUCUGUCCUUCUACAGCGUCUCUGACACCAUGAAGCUCCUCUACAGAAUCCACACCACAUUCACUCAGCCUCUGUACGCCGGAUUUGGACUUCCCUUUGUACAAAACACUUUAUUAAGUUCUGCAUCAUCUGUGAGAUUGUGUGAUCCAGAAUAAAGUGUGUAGUGUUCUAUGUGAAAUUCCUGCAUGUCGCCAUGUUGUUGCUCAAACAUCUGUCUUACUAGCGCACAAUCCAGCUGCACUGAAGCAUUUCCCUCUUUGAAUUCAAAUUGAUUAUUUGUUUAAUAACAAUUAAAAAGGAAAUGUUAGAAAUGAAUUGCCAGACAAGAAACAAGAAACAAAUGCAAAAAAAAGGAAAUUUGAAAUUGAUAUAUCAUAAUCUUAACAAUGUAAAUCUGUUUGUUUCAUAUUAGGCAGAAUCUCAUUAAAUAACUAAUAAACAGUAAUAUAUCCAGAACAAAA